AUGUCUGAUCGCGCAAUAUCAGGGGCUGCGCCCCUCACAUAUGAUUCCCAAGAGCGGCGCGAGCUUCAACUAACAGAAACUUCUGCACCACAGCCCGUUGAGCCGGUCUCAUCCCAGAGACAAACAUGGCACUCAACCGAAGCUCCCUUGGACACAAUCCCCUCGACCACCGCCACAACCCUCUCUAAACACGCAACCCACCUGUACACAAUCUCCCACCUCAUAUUCUUCUCUAUCAUCGGUACCCUCGCUCGACUUGGGCUCCAAGCUCUAACGUUCUACACCGGCGCACCGGUGGUAACAGGCGUCCUCUGGGCAAAUGUCAGCGGCAGCCUAAUAAUGGGCUUCCUAGUUGAAGACUCAAAUAUCUUCCGCGAAGAAUGGGGCUCACCACUCAUUUCACCCAAAGAUGAGCACGAGGCACAAGAGCACAUCAAGAAACACAAGGCCGCCAAGAAGACCAUCCCAAUGUAUAUUGGCCUGACAACCGGUUUCUGCGGAUGCUGCACGUCGUUCUCCUCAUUUAUACGCGAUAUCUUCCUCGCAUUGGCAAAUGCGCUCCCCGAUCCCUCCCUCCCACCUGGUGCGAGCAUCGCGUCCCGGAACGGCGGAUACAGCUUCAUGGCGCUGGUAGCCGUGCUUUUGAUCACCGUAUCGCUGAGUCUGUCUGCGCUGAUCUUCGGGGCGCAUCUUGCGCUUGCGUUGGACCGGGUUACGCCCACCAUCCCCUUUGCGCUAACGCGUCGCGUGCUCGACCCCGUGAUGGUGGUUCUGGGGUGGGGGUGCUGGCUCGGUGCCGUGUUCUUGGCUAUCUGGCCACCCGAUCGACAUAAUGCUGGUCCAGAGGAGUGGCGGGGACGCGCGGUGUUUGCGAUUGUGUUUGCGCCGCUGGGGUGUCUUUUAAGGUUCUAUGUAUCGCUUCAACUUAAUAGUCGGCUUCCUGCGUUUCCGCUUGGGACGUUUGCGGUGAAUAUCUUUGGGACGGUGGUCGAGGGAGUGUGCUAUGAUUUGCAGCAUGUGAGUGGGCUUGGGGCUAUUGUGCCUGCUGCUUUAACGGGGUGUCAGGUGUUGCAGGGUGUUAUGGAUGGCUUCUGUGGUGCGACCACUACGGUCAGUACAUGGGUUGUGGAGUUGAAUGGACUGACGAAGAGGAGAUAUGCCUAUUUCUAUGGUGUUAUCAGUGUGGCUGUAGGACUGGGCGUUAUGGUCGUGAUUACGGGGUCCUUGUUAUGGACUCGUGGCUUUGAUGACCCAGUCUGUUGA